AUGUCUUCAGGUGUUCACUUCAGUUCCCUCCCCGAGCCUUCAGAGGUCGGCAAAAUAUGGCAAGAUCUUCAGGAUCUCAUCGACAAUCUGAAGAUUGAACUUAUGGAGCAAGAAGAAGAGUAUGCUGAACUCGCCACUGAAUUUGAUAGCGAGACUAAAGCUGGCAUCUCGGAUAAAGAAUUCCAGGCCCUGCGUUGCCGAGUUAGUGAGUGUUGGGAGCGUCUCCAGAUUACCAGACAGGAUCAGUUCUUUUACUUGAAGCAGCAGAGAAGGCUGGCUGAGGGUUGUUUGUCCCGAAUUGCUGAGAAGCUUGGGACUCUAAAUGUCGCUUCCAUGCUAAGCGCUAUCCAAGCGAGUCAGACGACCAAGGGCUACUAUGAGAAUCCCAUCCAGCCGCUGUUUGAGACUAUUACUGAGUCGCCUCAUGAGUAUAAGUCAGACUCGUGUCAAUGA